AGCUCUGUCCGGCCAGCGGCAGAGGGGAUGUCCUUCUAACUUCCACCAAAAAACUUUCUAGAAACUUUCAGUCAAACAGAAAAACAAGCACUGACUGACUAAGUGUCGCAACUCGCCUCACUCCUGUUUUAAUGAAACUUUGAAUGUGUUUCAGUCUUUGAGCUGAAACAGAGGCUGCACAUCCACUCUGAUCACUUCUGAAUGAGCCGCUUCCCGACUUCUUUUUUGGUGCUUAUUUUAAUUUGACGUUUGGAUAAAGUUUUUUUUUUUCUUUAUCACUUAAAGACUCGUGAUGGCUGUCCUGUCACUAGCGUUACUACUUGUAGGAUUUGUAAUGACUUCAGCUGACAAGGCUGGUGGAGUAGAUAAAGAGGAGCGUCUGAGGAGCCGUCUGAAGGAAUACGGCCUCGUCACUCCCUUCAGCACCGACUCUCAUGGACACUACCUGUCACACCUGCUCUCUGCCACCCACAAGCAGCGUGUCAAGAGAGAGGUGUCUUCCUCUGGUGAGGCUGAGCAGAAACUUUUCUUCAACAUCUCCGCCUUUGGUAAGGAGUUCCACCUCCGUCUGCGCCCCAACGACAAGCUGGUGGCACCGGGCGCGAUGGUUGAGUGGCAUGACGAGGUCCACGGCUUCGGGAAUGUCAGCAACAGCACUGGUGACGAUGCCAGUAUGGGCGCCAACCAGACUGAAGUCACAGGCGGGACGGAGAGGAUACUGCAACGUGAGCUGCUAAAGACAGACUGCACCUUUAUCGGUGACAUCACAGACGUGCCCGGGGCCUCGGUUGCCAUUAACAACUGUGACGGACUGGCCGGGAUGAUCCGCACCGACUCAGACGAGUACUUCAUCGAGCCACUGGAGAGAGGCACCCAGGAGCUGGAGGACCAGGGUCGGGUCCACGUGGUUUACCGCAGGUCGGCCCUGCUGCAGCCCCCCUCCGACAUUUCAGUGGACUACCAAGAACCGGAGCUGGAUGUACCUGGGACUCUGGACUCUGUAGCCCGACAGGUCAAUGAGACUGCCCGCAGACGUCGGCGCCGAAAUGCCGGGGAGGACGACUACAAUAUCGAAAUCCUGCUGGGAGUUGACGACUCGGUGGUUCGGUUUCACGGCAAGGAGCACGUGCAGAAUUACCUCCUCACUCUCAUGAAUAUCGUGAAUGAGAUUUACCACGACGAGUCACUGGGAGUACACAUCAACGUGGUCCUGGUGAGGAUGAUCAUGCUGGGGUACGCCAAGUCCAUCAGUCUCAUUGAAAGAGGAAACCCAUCACGGAGCCUGGAGAAUGUGUGCCGCUGGGCAUUUGUGCAGCAGAAAGGCGAUCCUGAUCACGCAGAGCACCACGACCACGCAAUCUUCCUCACUCGCCAAGGCUUCGGCCCCACAGGGAUGCAGGGUUACGCUCCAGUCACAGGAAUGUGUCACCCAGUCCGGAGCUGCACCCUUAACCAUGAAGACGGCUUCUCCUCAGCCUUCGUUGUGGCUCACGAGACGGGACAUGUGCUGGGCAUGGAGCACGAUGGCCAAGGCAACCGCUGCGGGGACGAAACGGCGAUGGGAAGCGUGAUGGCUCCCCUGGUGCAGGCGGCCUUUCAUCGAUACCACUGGUCCAUGUGCAGCGGACAGGAGCUGAAGAGAUACAUCCACACAUACGACUGUCUCUUGGAUGACCCCUUCAAACAUGACUGGCCGCAGCUUCCUGAACUCCCCGGCAUCAACUACUCGAUGGAUGAGCAGUGUCGAUUUGACUUUGGAGUGGGCUAUAAGAUCUGCACCUCGUUUCGAACAUUUGACCCGUGUAAACAGCUGUGGUGCAGUCACCCAGACAACCCGUACUUCUGCAAAACCAAGAAGGGGCCACCCCUCGAUGGGACCGAGUGUGCUCCUGGAAAAUGGUGCUACAAAGGUCACUGCAUGUGGAAAAACCCUAAUCAGGUCAAACAAGACGGCGUCUGGGGCUCCUGGAGCAAAUAUGGCUCCUGCUCGCGCUCCUGUGGAACUGGGGUUCGCUUCCGGACACGCCAGUGCAACAACCCAGCGCCCUCCAACGGCGGCCAGGACUGCCCAGGAGUGAACUAUGAGUAUCAGCUGUGCAACACUGACGACUGCCCCAAACACUUUGAAGACUUCCGAGCCCAGCAGUGCCAGCUCCGCAACUCCCACUUUGAGUUCCAAAACACCAAACACCACUGGCUGCCAUACGAGCAUCCCGACGCCAGCAAGAGAUGCCACUUGUACUGCCAGUCAAGAGAGACGGGAGACGUGGCAUACAUGAAGCAGCUGGUGCAUGAUGGGACACGAUGCUCCUACAGAGAUGCGUACAGUAUCUGCGUGCGUGGAGAGUGUGUGAAAGUCGGCUGCGACAGAGAGAUUGGCUCCAACAAAGUUGAGGACAAAUGUGGCGUUUGCGGUGGGGACAACUCCCACUGCCGCACCGUUAAAGGAACUUUCACUCGCACACCAAAGAAACCAGGUUACCUUAAGAUGUUUCUCAUUCCUCCUGGAGCUAGACAUGUCAUCAUCCAAGAACACGAGGCCUCCCCUCAAAUUCUUGCGAUCAAGAAUCAGGCGACAGGACAUUACAUUCUCAACGGGAAAGGAGAGGAGGUCCAGUCCAGAAGCUUCAUUGACUUGGGCGUGGAGUGGCACUACAUUAUCGAGGAGGACGUGGAGACGCUGCACACUGACGGACCUCUGCAUGACCCUGUCGUGGUUCUGAUUAUACCCAAAGACAAUGAAACUCGCUCUACUUUAAUGUACAAGUACAUCAUCCAUGAAGAUUCAGUGCCUGUCAACAACAACAAUGUGAUCCAGGAGGACACGUACGAGUGGGCUCUGAAGAGCUGGUCUCCGUGUUCCAAGCCAUGUGCCGGAGGGUUUCAGUACACCAAGUAUGGAUGUCGAAAGAAAGGAGACACAAAGAUGAUCCAUCGAGGCUACUGCGACGCCAGCAAGAAGCCAAAGCCCAUUCGCAGGAUGUGUAACCUUCAGGACUGCACUCAGCCUCAAUGGAUCUCAGAUGAAUGGGAGCAUUGCACCAAAACCUGUGGCAGCCUGGGCUUCCAGAUCCGGACGGUACGCUGCGUGCAGUUCCUCCACGAGGGCACCAACCGCUCUGUCCACAGCAAGUACUGCAGCGGGGAGAAGCCAGAGAGCCGCAGGCCAUGCAACAGAGUCUCGUGUCCUGCUCAGUGGAGGACCGGAGCCUGGUCAGAGUGCUCUGUGACCUGUGGAGAGGGAAUGGAGAGGCGUCUGGUCACUUGCCGGAUCGGAGAUCAGUGCAAUGGAGAAAAACCUGAAACAGUGAGGCCAUGCAGACCGGGACCCUGCCAUGAUGAGCCGUGUAAUGGAGACAAAUCCAUCUUCUGCCAAAUGGAGGUGCUUGCGCGAUACUGCUCCAUUCCAGGCUACAACAAACUGUGCUGCGACUCCUGCAGCAAGCGCAGCGGGGCUCUGUCUCUGUUCUCCGAGGCGGCUGAGACGGAGGAGCAUGUCCGCUUCGGGUCAGCCUCCCAGCUGCUUGAGACAUUAACAGCCUCUAUAGCGGCCAACGGCACUCGUGUUGGUAAACAAGUCUCAGGCAAAGGCUCCCCCUCAUCAGGCAACGCUGUGAAACACGUCACCACCCCAGCCCCACUGAAGAAAACCCCAUCAAAGAUCACUACAGCACCACGGCGGGUCCCACGCCACAUGGGUCUCACCGGCAGGAAGCUGCCUGCUAUGGCGCCAUCUCCCCUGGUGGAUCCCACAGAGGGUCAAAAGUCAAACGGCUUGACAGAUAGUCGGUGGCCUUCAGCGCGCUCUGAAGUGGAGAGAUGAAAGUGACGCCCUUCCCCCUUUAGGACUCUUUAUGUACAGCAGAUAAUCCAGCUUCAUCCUGAGUCUUCUCACGCCAAAAAACACCACAGAGAGAGAAACGGAGAGACAGAAAGAAAAGUGCUGGUUCACUUUGUUAAGAAUUUCCCUUCCCGUUUGCCCCUUCAUAUUGACUUUUAAUAUGAUAUCUUACAGGGAGCUUCCAGAGUAUAUUAUUACUUUAACAGCCAUGCUGCUUUGCGUUCAUACAUUUCAUAGAAAGGAGAAAAUAAUUCAGUCAUUUUGAGGUAAAAGGGGCACAUGGUCUGAAGGGAAUUUUUACCCAUGUAAAAUGAAAAGCUUAAUGAAACACCGCUUCGGUAGUUCAUAGUUAAUAAUAUUAGGGGCACAAAAUAGCCAAAGGACAGAUUAAUACUCAAAGGAAGCAUCUAUUUUACCACACUGGCUCCAAACUUAUAUCAGUAGAUAUUACAAAGAAUUGGCUGCUCAGUUCCAAGACAAACCUUUUUGACCCAACAGGUCUUGAAGCUUUCUUUGAUGUCACCUACAGUAACAGGUGCAGCAAGGUGUCUGAUUGGUCUUUUCUCUGGUCUUGGUAUUUAAUGAAUCAGGCCCCUUGUGUCUGCAGAGUGUUGUCAAGGAUCCUCCGGCAAAACCUCAGCAGACAGCAAGAGGGAGAAUGUCAACAGUUGCAGUCAUUAGAGCUGAUUCAGUUUGUGAAAAUAUAUGCAGACUGCACCAGUAGAAAAGAAACAGACACAGGAAAUGGUGUAGACAUGCAUGUUACACUUGUGGGUGUUAAAAAAAACACAACACAUCUUAAGAGUAAAUAGUUACCUUUGUUGCUCUGUUGGUGCAUCCUAGAUGCUUUGCAUUUGAUUAACAUAGAAUAGCGGCUUGAUUGCAACUAAUGAGAUGCCGACAUGUCAGAUCUCUAGACUGUCACCUUCGAGCUGGAUGAGAGGUUUAGUUUGCUAUGAAUCUAUGAAAGAGGAAGAUGAUGGACAAAAAGGUUUAAAAAAAAAAAAAUCAUAAACGGAUCAUCUGAAAAUCCCCUUUUUACUUGAACAUUACAAACUGCCAUUUUCUUGCCAAAAAGUGUAAGCCUAAAACUUGACUUAGAGAGAUUUCAGCUGUCCCAGUACUUGAGGAGUCACUGCAUACACAGAAUCAAACACCGGACUUUGUACUGCCACAUAUGGAAAGUGGCCACACCAGUGAACCCAUUGGGGAAAUGGUUUUGGAUGUAUAGAUUGUUUUUUUUUUGUUUGUUUUUUAAAAUAUAUCCAGCAAUGUCUGUUAAAUGGCGCUCUACAGUUUCUAUGGAAAUGGGUAUUUAUAAAGGUUCCUGUAAAUACUGUACAUGAAAAUAUCAGUAUUAUUUUAAGAAGCUGAGGAUACUUCAAAAACCAUUUUAAUCAAUUAUAAUAACAUAUUAUUCCUGAUGUUUACAGUUUCAGCAGCGGUGUUAAAUGGACAUUAACAAUGCACAAUCUCACUCUAAAUGCUGGUGCAAAUUUCUCUUAGGAAUGUUUUAAAAGACAUAUUUUGAGAAAGAUGCAUGAUUGUUUCCCUUCCGAGAGUUAGAUGAGAAGGUUGUUGCCAAGUCUGUAUCUGCACGGUAAAUCUGAAGCUUCAGCCAGGAGACAGUUAGUUAGCUCAGCAUAAGUUUAAAAGCAUACCUACCAACACCUAUAAAGCUCACUAAUACAUGUUAUUAUUCCUUUGUUUGAUACAAACAAAACCAAAGUGUGAAAACAACACAAAAGGAUUUCUAGCCUGACUCUGUCACCUUUGGACACAGCCAGGCUAGCUGAUUCCCUUUGCAUUUAUUCACUGUGCUAAGCUAGCAUCUCCUGACUGAUGAUAAGGUGCAGACAUGACUGGUAUCAAUCUUGUCUAAUUUUUGGCAAGAAAAUGAUUAAAGCGCAUUUCCCAAAAUGUCAAACCAUUCCUUUGAGAAGCAUCGUUUACACAUUACAUCACCCAGCCUUUAAGUUUUAGCUAAAUCAAAAGUUUCUAUGGUGCUAGCCAUCAACCUUUGACUUUUUGUUUUGCUUUCCUUGUCAACAUUGUUGCUCAGAAAGGUUGAAGUUGUUAGGUCAAAGAAGGGAACAAAUUUAAUUUAAUAGCAGGGGUGUAGUGCUGCUGGAGUGCAACAUAAACAACACUCCACCACUUUUCCUCCAAGUGAGGAAAUAGAAUAAGCAGUUCGCAUAAUCUGAAAUCCAUCUACAUUUUUGAAGCACCUGAAGAUCCAGUCACCACGAAAGGGUAUGUUAUGAAUUAAUAGAAUUGUCAGAGUUGUCAUAUCAUCAUUAAACAUGCAUAGAGUCACAACAUCAACUCAUGCAAGUGACGUGCAAGAAAGCAUUCCACCAUAAAGCAGUCGGUAGCUUCUAGCAGCCUUGAUUGGCACAGUGAUUACAGCAAGUCAUUACAACCAUGGAAUUGCCCAAUACUAGUUAGCUGGAUGUUUGUCUGAUGACUGCAUAACACCCUCAAUAUGAUGAAACUAUUCAUAAAGUUUAUCUAGCGUGAUCGUGUGGUCAGUUAUAGUUCACUAAUGUAUGUAAUCAAGCCACAGUUCAACUGAGCACACAUCAUAGAGCCUGUUUACACCUGGUGUUAGCAUGCGUUUUGCUGGUCUGAACAUAAGCCGACAGCAGAGACACGUCGCCGUUCACACCUGUAUCUGUCAUCUGUCUCAAGCUAAACACUUGACUUCAGAUUUUGUCACUGCCUCUGUCACUUACGCUGCAAGGUCAAAGGGCCCCACGCACAGUUAUCAUGUCCACACUCUCGCUAGCUGCUCGCUAGUUACAUUAGCGGAUGUGUGGGUACAGCUGGAGACACAUCACAUCUCCUUCCAAAGGGCAAAGUGAUGGAAAGUUGAGCAACUCGUCUUAAAAUGGGCAAAGAGUGUUGGUACGCUGUCACCAAAACUACCACCACAUCUAGAACUGAUGAUGUAGUCCUUGUCUGGGAUGUAUCAGGACGAAGUAGCUGUGUCUCAAUUCAAGGGCUGCGGCCUUUGAAGGGCGUGGCCUUCGCGGUCGACGUCCGCCUCUUCCUUUUGAAGACCACAUCAGCCAAACCAAACAGUCUCCGAAAUAGAAAGGACUGGUCUGCGGAGGAUUUCCUGGUUGCAUCACCAGUUGCUCUCACCCCAACCCGUUGGCAUUCCUGUUACCUAGCAACCAGCUGCGCUUUUUUAAUUUUUUUUUUUUUUUUUUUUUUAAUUUAUCGCGAGAGGAGAUGAUUUACGGCCCAAGACACUGUUGUUUGAUAUAUUACAGGUACCGUCUUCAGGUUAACUAGCAAAUAGUAAUGUUAACAACAGUCAACCGUUAGCUAGGUAAUAACUGUUAGUUAACUUAACAUAUAACCUUCACCAGCGUGCAAUACAUCUUGGGAUAGGCUGGGCCACGAAGGAUUCAUCCGUUGCUUCAUCCAAAUUCUGGGAAAGAAGGCUGCAUUUCUCGGCCGCAUUUGAAGGAGCCUUUGAAAUGGGACAGCCUUGGUCGCACCGAUGUGACACAGUCGUUUUUCAAAUGUAGCCUUCAAAAGCUGCAGCCCCUGAAUUGAGACACAGCUACUGUCAUUUACACUGAAAGAGAUAUGUGGUCAAAUGCAUCCCAGACCAUCUCUGCUAGUGGUUUGAGUGAUCAGGUCACAAUGUGUCUUAGCGGUUGUUUACACUUGUAUUAAGUGCUGUCCAACUGUGAUUGGAUCAGCCAAGACAUAUAUUAAUAGCAGGUAUAAACAGGCUCAUAGAUGGACUCAGGUACCUGAACAAACAGCACUACACCCCUGCUGAUUACUGUGUGUUAUAUACAGUAUACCCAUGUUUGUCUUGAACAGACUAAAAACGGAAGUGAGUUUUUCACCAUGCAACUGAAAUAUAUUGUAAAAUUUCUACUCUGAUGUUUCCAUGAAAGACGCAAAAACUCAUCUUGAAAAUGUUUAGCUCGUGAUUUGCAGAUUAUUUUCCACAGUGACAUAUGCUGUCAAAUUUCAACUCACUUAAAGCUGCAUUAAGCGUUUUUUUACCACUAGGGGGCAGAAAGGCUCCCAAACACACUCACAGAAACAGAGCAACGUGAGAGUCCUAUUUAAUCAUGUUACUGUCCACCUGAUGAAUGUAAGUCAAGUAUUCACUCUCCUUUUAGCUCUGUUUUGGUCUCUACCAGCUCCUGAGGGAAACAUCUGCCUCUUUCUUCACCAGCUACUUGUUUAUUUCAGCCCUCUGCUGUUUGGUGCUAACAUACACUCGGCUCUUUGAUUUUUAUCUGGGGGAGUUAACGAGAGCCAAACCAACGUGCUAUAAGCUGUGAAGAGGUGGUCCAGCGCUGUGAGCGAUCCUUUCAUUUGAUCCAUUUUUAACAUCAAAAAUCUCGCUUAAUGGAGCUUUAAGCACAUCACACCCAUUCACAUUCAGUCUGAAUAAGGUUUUAUUGUACAUGAUGUGUUUGCAGGAACAAAGCCUCAUUGUGAGCAAAAGAGUUUUACUGUAUGUGGAACAUGUUUUUUUUUUCCAAAGUAUUUCCUAAAUGGCUUUUUAUGGUGGAAGAAGGUUCAGGAGAGAGAAAGCUAUUUAUUUAAAAAAAAAAAAAAAAAUCCUCACAACCACCAUGCAUCUGACUGCAAUAGCAAAGACACAGUUUUGUGUUUUCAGCAAAGAAAUAACUAUUCACACUCACUCCUGUGUGCCAAUGUAUAGUACAUGUAUAUAGCAUUGAGUACAUAAAUAUUUAUUGAAAGCUAAAGGGUUCUGCUUUGUUUUUACAGUAUGCGUGGUGCCAGCUGGUCAAUAAGCUGCAGCAGAUAAACCAUUGAAUCACAAGUUUUCCAGCACAUUUUCAAAAAUUUUAAAUGGAUUUCUACUUUUAAAAAAUGAAAAAAAAAAGAAUGUGAUAGAUUAGGAAUUACAUUGUUUUUUGCAAACAAUUAGAUGUAAAUAUACAUGCUCAAUUUUGAGAUGUUUUACUUGUCAGAAAGCUGUCUUUUCACAGCUGUUGUGUAGAAGUUGUUAACAGAGCUGUUGCAUCACAGCGACAUGUACUGACCAGACAAAUGCUUUAUUUUAACCAAUAAAACAUUAAUAGUGUAGUACCAGUAAGCCAGUAAAGUUUGUUUUUAUGCUGUUUGUAGUGUCAGUAUUGUCUAACCAUUUUACAUUUCCUCCCUUGUUCUUUUCACAUCUUUACUCGCUGCCUAUACAACAUUGCUGCUAAUGUUAUACAGAGCUAGUAAUGAUAAAAUAGGGUAGUUGUAGAUGUUACAUUGACAAUCCCUGAGCCUCAGACAGAUAUUACUGCAUAGGAUUCUCCAUGUACUGUAUCAAUACCCCUGUGCUAUCCGUGCAUUGAAGUAUUACGAUUGUCGUGACUGUCAAUCAGUCACUCUCUGCUCUAUUCGCUUUUCUAUGUAUUUGUGUAGGUUGAAGUGUACACUACUGAUGCUGUUUGUUGUAAUGGGGAGCACAUAGCAAUAAAAGAUAUGAUA